AUGAGCGAGGAGGCGUUCCCGCCGGCGUCGGGCGGCCCGGAGCCCGGCCGCCAAUCCGCGGCCGACGGGCGCUUCUUCGCUCCGAAGACGCGGCGGCGCGACACGGUCUACGCGUCGCACGUCGAGGUGGAGAACAGCGUCGAGGCCUUCUGGCGGCUCUGCGCGCUCCACCCGCGCCUCAUCGACGAGGCCGAGGCGGCCCACGAGGAGUCGCUGACGGCCGAGGAGCGGGACGCGCGCGCGAUGCGGCGGCGCAAACGCAUCCGGGCCAAGGCCGAGGCCGCGAUGGCCGAGUUCGAGCGGCUGCCGGAGAUCGAACGCUACGACCCCCAGAAGCAGGGCGACCUGGACAUGUACAGCGAGGAGAACCUGGCCAUCCGCGAGCGGCUCCGCGACGACCGCCGCGUGUGCCGCAUGCUCGAGCGGUGGUGGUCCGGGUCCUCCGCGCACGACGACCGCGACAAGAACGAGGCGCUGGACCACGACGAGUACGAGCGCUUCUACGCGCGCCUCGUCCACCUCGUGGACCCCGACGACGAGAUGACGGAGCUCGAGAUCGCGGAGGCCAUGGAGGACGACUUCAAGUCCGACUCGGAAGGCCACGCGCAGGUCACCAAGGACGAGUUCGUCGCGUCCGUCUUCGAGCUCGCGGACAACUGGACCAACUCGACGGACGCCGACGAGUACGUCGAGUUCCUCAAGCUCGGCUACGACCGCGUCUACCGGGGCGGGAAAAGAGAGCGACAUUCCCAACUUCAAAGGCUCCUAUCUCGGCCGGUUUCCACUCGUUUCGGCUGA